AUGGAGCAACAUAAACUGCAAUAUGAAGAAUCGCUCCAGAACAAGAUUCUAAAUGGAUAUAUCCGAAUAAUCAAUAUUCCCAUUGGGGAUAGAAAAGAGUUCAAUUUAAUGAUCGAGGAUUUCUUGUCGAGGGUCGGUUAUGAUCGAGAGGUAAACCGUGACCCACAGCCAUUAGCGUGGCCAAGACCCGCAGGCAUUGGUGAGCACGAUGGCCAUACAGGUAUCAUUUAUGUACCAUCAAAUUUUUCAUAA